AUGAUGUUUGUUGGAAUGCAAGCAAGACUGCAAAACCAGGAGGUGGAGAUUAAGUGGUUGACACAGCAGGUUCUGUCAGGGAACGCUGCUCCAUAUGUUUUGACAAUAAUGGCACUAGUUUCGAUUCAACCUGAGGGUGAGGACAGAUGGGAGCUACUGUAUGAAGGAUUUCAGAAGCAUUAUCCUCUAAUGGCAGAGGUGAAUGGAAACAACAUGGAAGAAGAGGUGGUACUGGUAGCAGGGAAUAAUAGUAAUAAUAAUAAAAAAUAUGAUUUUAUUGAUCCUUAUUGGGAUGGGAAACCUUACCCAACACUAAAAUCCAAGCCCAUCUACCCCUACCCAGAUCAGCCAGAUGAUUUUGAAGAAGAUUUGUUAAUUGUUGUAAACCAACUGAAACUCACUGAUAGUUUUCAUGUUGAUUACCUUCCUAAAGGCAGAAGGCAGUGGCUUGCGUUUAACGUGCGCUCUGCUGAUGAUGAAAGGGGUUGGAAAGCAUCUCUUGCAGCAGUUGCUGAAUUUAACAGGCUCAAUGGUGCUGAUUUGAAGCUUAGCAAGGUUCUGAGUGUGUUAUCUGGGAUGGCUGCAGGAGUGCAUUACGAUUUGACGUUGCAAUGUACUGAUGGUUGCUUCUAUGAAGCUAGGAUCUUCAUGGAAAUUGGCGAUGCUAUCGAGUUAAUAACAUUUAGGCCUGCAAAACAUUGGCCAAGGCCAACGAUGAGGUAAGAAUUUAGUAGAUAAGAAGAUUGUGAAGAGGAGGAACUAGCCAAUUAGGUGGUGCUGAAACCUCAUGAACAUAGAUGGUACCAAUGAACUAGGAAGAACUAGAAGACUUGGGGGAAGAAAAUACCUUUUUUCAUUUUAU